AUGACACAAAAUGGAGUGCCCCGGCUGCGACUGCCAACAGCCAAGGCAGCGACGACGACUGGCACCACGCCCGAAAGCCACACCACGACGUCGCCCACUACCACCAAGCAGCGCUCGGCCUUCGUGGAGGGCCUCAAGAAGACGCUGCGAACGCCUCGGCUGGGCAGGAGCAGGAGCGAGCGCGACGUGGGCGCGACGGCCGACGUCAUCUCGGGGUCGUUGAAGAACAAGAAGACGACGACGAAGACGAAAACGGAGAAGAAGAUGAAGGGGGCAAAGACAAAGAAGAUGAAGGGGGCGACCGGCGCAGCGGCCAAGACGGUCUCGGACCCAGUGAAGCCUCGCGGGUUGGCCAAGUGGAACGAACUGCUGCUGGAGGAAAAGCAGCGAAAUAAGUCGAUGGGCGACGUGCUGGUGUUGAUGAAGAAAGAUGGAGCGAUCGAGCGGGACGAAGGCUCAGGAGAUGAUGAAGAUGACGACCCAUCGGAUACCACUUCCGACAGCUGCGACGGCACCGGCGGCGGAGGCAAUCUUAGCCCCCUGUCGCCGCGCCACAACCCACAGGCCCUCAACUGCGCGCAGCGCAAGGCCAUGGACGACCUACGCUCCGCUCAUCCCCGCGCCUUUGAACGGUGA